AUGGAUGCCGAGUAUGUCCUCUGUAAUUGGAAAGGACGCUUAUGGCCAGCAAAAGUUUUGUCCAGAUCUGGGGCUUCACCAAAAACUAAGAGAGAGAUGGCGAACUGUCUAGAAGUUCAAAUACUCUCCCUUGAUGAAAAAAUUAAAGUGAAAAGCACAGAAAUACAGAUGCUAACUAAGUCUCAAACAGAAGCCAUGGCUUCUUUGCGGGCUGCACGGUCAAAGGUCAGGGCUCCACGUGGGGAGGAGAGGGCCCACAGGAGAGCCCUGAAGGUGGCGCUGGAAAUUCUGGAGGAGAGGGCACGCUCAGGUCACUCAAGCACUUUCCACAAAGAAGAGACCACCACUGUAUCGCAAAGGGUACCAAAAAAGACAUCCAGAGCACUCCCUCCAAGAAAGUAUGGGAAGCUCACAAGGGACAUAUCCAGAAGCCAUGGGAAGAAUAUUGAAUUCUCAAAAUUCCUGGUGGUGUCACUCAUGAGGUGUGAUUCUCUGUAUGGUGACAAGUCACAGAAACACACAGCCAUAGAUCUUGUCCAGAGUGAAGUGGAACCAAGGUCAUCACCAAGCUCCAGAAUGGGUGACAAUUUCCCUUCACUUUCAGAAGGCGGUGGUGAGAAGGAGGGCAAGAAAAAGGAUGGCACAUCAGCAGUUAUGUCCUCGCACCCCACGGUCUUGAAGAAGGGUGCCUGUGCUAAACCCCAAGAGGGCGUUCCCAUCUGGCCAUCAGGUAUCGUGGGCACGGGACUCAAAGCUGUGAAAGAAGAGGCACGGGACACCUGCCCAAAGACUCUGGCUAGGUCCCCCGAAAACUCUGCCUCCUCAGAGAAUAUUGAGGAUCCCAGAGAGGGCCCCUCAAAGCCCAGGUUGGCUGGCACAGCCGCAUGCUGUAGCUCCUCUAACCUCCGUCUUGCCAACAGGAAAAGAAAGCUUCAGGCGCAAGGACCUGUGAGUGGACCUAAAAAACGGCAAACUGUGGAUGACUCAGAGGCCACGAGUCCCAUCAGAUCUAACAAUAGGGGCGGUCGAAGACAAGGUCAGCCUGCGCGCAUGGCUUGCCCACAUGAGCCAUGUCCCAUAGAAAGAGGAACGGUGGUCUGGUUUAAAUUCCAAGAGUACCCGUACUGGCCAGCGGUGGUAGCGAGCAUCCAAAGGGUAGAGAAGACUGCGAGGGUGCUCUUGAUCGAGGCCUACAUGAGCCAGGAGAGGAGGGGCAUCCGAGUUCCUCUCCGAAGACUAAAGCACUUUGAUUGUCAGCAGAAACCAAAACUCAUGAAGAGAGCCAGGAAGCUGUACGGCCAGAGCGUGGACUGGUGCUGCUCGCUGGUGGCCCAUUACAGGGAAGGCCUAAGCCGCAGGUCUUUUGCUGGCUCCUUCCUGGAGUAUUUUGCUGCCGAUAUCAGUUAUCCGCUUCGGAAAGCCAUCCAGGAGGGCGAGAUGGAGGGUGAUUUUCCAAGGGUGAAUUACAAUGACCUGGAGGAGUCUGAGGAGGAGACCUGCCUGGGCAGCAAGAAGCUCUGCAAGAAAUUUCUCCCUGACCGCAUGAAGGCCGCCAGGGACCGAGACAACCGGAAGCUCCUCGACUUCAUUGUGAAAAGAAAGGCGGCUGAAAGCCACCUCCUGGACAUUGUAAACGGCAGGAAACAGUCCACCUGGCUGGACUCCUUUUUGAAUUCCACCAAGCGCGCAGUCUGCGUCGAGACAUACCUGGAGGACGAAGACCAGCUGGACAUCUUGGUCAAAUAUUUACAAGAAAUCUACAAGCAAAUAGGCAAGAGGAUGCUGACGCUCAUAAGAAAUGAUAAAGUCAAUUUUGUUCUGGAAGUUCUUCUGCCAGAAGCAAUCAUUUUUUCCAUCUCUGCCCUGGAGGGAUUAGAUUACAAGGACGCGGAGGCCAAGUACCUGGAUGGGCCACCUGUUCAUUACCGGGAGAAAGAACUCUUUGAUAAAAAAGUCUUAGCAGAAAGGAGACGGAGAUUAACUAAGAAGAAAGCUAAUUAA